AUGUACCUGGCGCGGCGCUUCCGCAUGCUGCCGCUGUGGGGCUGCGCGGUGUCUGUACACCCCACGCAGCGCAUGCAGCGCAAGCUGCUGCGAGCAGCUAGCCAGCUAGCCACAGUUCAUGAUGCUUCUUACAUGAGCAUUUUCGAGCUGCAGGGUCCUUUGCUGCUGCUGCUGCUGCUGCUGCGCCGCUGCGGCGCCGAGCCCGCCCUCCUCGGCAGCAAGGCCGUUCGCGCGGGCGCCCAGCAGGGCCGCCUGCUGCUGCAGCAGCAGCAGCCGCAGCUGCAGCAGCUGCAGCAGCAGCAGCAGCAGCAGCAGCAGCAGCAGCCGCUGCUGGUGGCGCCCUGCGACUUCUUCUUCAAAGCUGCUGCUGCUGGAGAGACUGCGCGCACCUUGUGGGUGGUGGUGCACCCCGCAGCAGCAGCAGCAGCAAAGGCGGCCCUUGCUGCUGCAGCAGAGGCUCUGCGGCCCCCAGGCUGCUGCUGCUCGCCCCCAGCAGCAGCAGCAGCAGCAGCAGCCCCAGCAGCAGCAGCAGCAGCAGCAGCAGUACUUGGCUGCGCAUGCGGCAUUGGAGUCUCGCUGCAGCAAAUAAAUGGAAUAGCUCGUUUUGAGCUGCGGGGCCCCCGGGCGCUGCGCGCGCUGGGUCUUGCCUUGAAGGUGCUGCGGCCAUCAGCAGCAGCAGCAGCAGCAGCUGCUGCUGCUGCUGCUGCUGCCGACGCUGCUGCUGCUGCUGCUGCGGGCGCACCGGCAGCCGACGCCAGCGCCGCAGCAGGCGCGCUCUCCCUGGGGGCCCCCGCGCCCGGCGCGGCGGAAGCAGCAGCAGCAGCAGCGGCGGCGGCGGAAGCAGAAGCAGCAGCAGCAGAAGCAGCAGCAGCAGCAGCAGCAGCAGGCACCCAGGCCUGCUACUUGCUGUGGAAAGCCCUGCUGCAGCACGAGCUGCUGCGCGGCUGCUGCCCCACACUUCCUGGGGGCUGCAUCUUCAGCUUGGAGUUGGGGGCCCCCCUCUUGAGUGGGCCCUUUCCGCCGCGGUCUCGGCGUUUGCUGCAGCGCGCAGCAGCAGCAGCAGCAGCAGAAGCAGCAGCAGCAGCAGCAGGGCCCCGGGCCGCGGUUGCUGCUGCCGUCGCUGCCGGCAGAGCCCUCCCGCCCCCCGCAGCUUCCCGCCUCUUCUGUCCUGCUGCUGUUGCUGCUGCUGCUGCUGCAGUGCCUUGGAAGGUUGCCACGCGCAGCAGAAGAAGGCCAGAGAUCAGGGCGCUGCUGCAGCGGCUGCAGCAGCGCCGCGAGCAGCUGCAGCGCGAGAAGCAGCAGCAGCAGCAGCAACAGGUGCAGAAGCAGCUCCAGCGCCAGCAGCGGCAGCAGCAGCAGCAGCAAAAGCCGCAGCAACCUGCAGCAAAGAGAACCCAGUCAGCGGCCGCGCGCCAACCAGCAACAGCAGCAGCAGCAGCAGCAGCUGCUGCUGCUGCUGCUGCCGGCUCAAUUGCUGCUGCAGCACUUGCAGACGAAGAAGACUUGGGCUGUCCACUCGCAGCACCGGCCCCUGAAUUAGAGCCAGAGGCAGCGAAGUCUGCUGCUGCUGCUGCAGCUACAGCUGCUGCUGCUGCUGCUGCUGUGGAUGCUGCAGCGGCUGCUGGGGUCGCUGCAGCUGCAAGCCCCACCGCUGCAGCGGCGCCUGCGUCACCUGCCGGCGCAGCAGCAGCAGAAGCAGCAGCACCAGCAGCAGCAGCAACAGCAGCAGCAGCAGCAAAGGGGGUGAGCCUCCCCGCGCUGCUGAUAUCUUACAGCGGCUUCGGAGCGCAGGGGCCCUCUGGGCUUGUGGGGCCCCACAGGAGCUGCUUCAGAGGCAGCAGCAGCCGCAGCAGCAGCGGCUUCGAUUUGCUGCUGCCAGCAGGUGCUGCUGCUGCUCGUCUGUUCGUGCUGCUGUGUCGGUACGGGGUGUGUCCCAUAGGCUACCGGGACCGGCGCAAGCAGCUGCUGGAGUGCAGCAGCAGCAGCAGCAGCAGCAGCAGCAGCAGCAGCAGCUGCAGGCUUUCUUGCUAG